AUGAAUGAUAUAAGUGAUGUGAUCGACAGCAAAUUUCAGGUUUUUGCUGAUGACAUGGUGUUCAAUGGUGUUGGUUCUUUGGAGGACUGUCUUCGUCUGCAGGAUUCUCUGGACAGAAUAUGCAACUGGUGUAUAGUCAACGGGAUGCAACUUAAUGCCUCGAUAUGCAAGGUAAUCUCUUUUCAGCGGGAAAAUUCUCUUCGACCUACUCAGUACCAGAUAAAUGGGACCUUAAUUCAGCAUAGUGAUGUAAUAAAGGACUUGGGUGUUCUGCUAAACAACAAAUUCUCCCGUGAUAACCAUAUCGACUCCAUUUGUAGUAGAGCUAGUAGGCUUUUGGGCUUUAUGUGGUGUGGUGCAAUUGGAGGUCUGUCUGUAUACUCCAUUGUAAUACUCUAUAAGUCGUUACUACGUCCAAUCCUGGAGUAUGCUUCUGUGGUUUGGAAACCAUUUUACACUCAUCAUAUAGUAAGACUGGAGCGGGUUCAGCGAAGAUUUUUGAGAUUGGUUGGUGCCAGAUUGGGCUUCAACUUCCCUGAUGUUCCAAUUAAGAACUUUAUUAGCCAGUUCGAAAUCUUUUCACUUCAGGCACGCUUUGACUUGCACGACAUAAUGUUUCUCUUCAAGAUUAUAAAUGGGAUCAUUAACUGCCCCGAGCUUCUGGGCGAAAUUGGCUUUCGGACUCCAAGUUCCACUAGAUCAACUGAUCUUUUUGUUCAUAACUUCUACAGAACCAACUACAUGAGGUCCGGAACCAUUGCUAGACUCCAUCAUCUUGGUAAUUACCAUUCCGGCUGA